AUGGACCAAGUAUCGCAGGCGGCUCCGCCGUUUUACCCGUUGACGGAGAGUAACCAUGCUGCACUUGUUGUCAUCACUGCUGUUAUUUUCUUCAUCUAUGCGAUUCUUGGAAUUAUUGGCAAGCUGAUUAUUCGGUUGAAUAUUACUUCUAUGAAAGAUUUCGACGUGGGACUGUUGAUUGCUGCGUUGUUGUAUUUUAUACAAACAGCUUGUGUUGUUGCGUCCUGUAGUCAUGGACUUGGUGAGCAUCGUGAUGCGCUCUCUGAUGAGAAUUUUGGUCGCUUCAGCAAGCUGAUGUAUGCUUCACGAAUAUUCGGGAUUCUUGUUCAUGCGACAACAAAGAUCUCACUUGGGCUUCUUAUUCGACAGAUCGAUCGACAAGGUGGACUGAAUACUGCGAACAUGAUUCUCAGUGGAGUUGUCAUCGCGUGGGCUAUAUCUGGAAUAUUUGCGACCGCUUUCCAAUGCCCAAUGCCGGAGCCAUGGCUCGCUGAGAACGCAGCACAAUGCCCGAAUCAAGGACCGAUCUUUGUCUACAACGGCAUCAUGAUGAUAUUAACAGACAUAACUCUGUGUAUUCUACCGGUUGCAAUGAUGUGGGAGGUCCAGACCUCGAUACGAAGAAAGACCAUCGUCAUGGCGUUGUUCGGCACGCGACUCAUCGUCCCGAUGCUCACGAUACCCGAGCUCGUCCACGCACGAUACAUGUUUCACAACUCGGGCGACGUCACAUGGCAAGCUGUCUCAAUGAUGAUAUGGGGUCAAAUCGCACUCGGCCUCUCAGUAAUCACGGUCUGCAUCCCCAGUCUCAAAGGCGUAAUCGACAGCCUUCUCGGUUCUACCGCAGUCGCCGCCAUCAACACUCCCUACGAACUCAAAGACAGCGGUAACGGAACGGGUCUCGAAAUGACAGCACUGUCGGACUCUCGAACGAAACAAACAUCAAAGCAAGGCAGUGGUUUAGGCAGUGCUCUACGAAGACAUUCAAGGCCGAGACAUAACGACCAACCAGUGUGGCGAAGGGAUGUUAUGGGGGAGGUACGAACGGAAGUAGCAAGCGGAAGUGAUAGUGUGACGAAUUUGACAGAGGGUGUCAUGGUGAAUCGCGACUUUGAGGUAUCUUACGAUGACAGACAGACUUCAAGGGCUGAUUCAAUGGGAUCCAGCGAAGGUGCAUAUCGAAUGUAGGG